UUCCUUGCUUGCGCUAUUUGACCAACUCCACUUCCCCACUUGACCCCACCAUCUCAACCCUCUCUCUCUCUCUCUCUCUCUCUCAUCUCUCUCUCUUCCUCUGAAACCUCUCUCCCUCCCUCCCUCUCCCAUAUGUCGAGCUUCUCCCAUCCCCUGAUCAGCCAUGCCGUUUCUCUCUCUACUCAUCUUGCUCUUCUUCUUCUCCUCUCUCCUCUCCUGCUCCCUCUCUCAACCCCUCAGAGGUGUAUUCAUUGACUGCGGCGCCACCGUACCGUCGCUAGUUGACGGCCGCCAAUGGCUGCCCGACGCCGAUUUCACAACCGCCGGAACUCCAAAAACCCUAACCCUACCCGUCCUCUACCCAAUCCUCUCCACCGCCCGAUCAUUUCCACUAGACCAAAACCUCCGCCGGAAAUUCUGCUACGUGGUGCCGGCGUACCGCACGGGGAAAUACCUAAUCAGGACCACGUACUUCUACGGCGGAAUCAACGGCCGCGAUUCGCCCCCGGUGUUCGAUCAAAUCGUGGACGGAACGUUUUGGGGGGUGGUGAAUACCACGGAGGAUUAUGUGAAGGGGGCCGCGUCGUAUUACGAGGGGGUUUUCGUUGCCCAAACGAAGUCGAUUAGUGUUUGUGUCGCUGCGAAUACGUAUACGGAUUCGGACCCGUUUGUAUCGGCGCUGGAGAUCGUGGCUUUGGCUGAUUCGCUGUACAAUUCGACUGAUUUUGGGAAGUUUGGUCUGAGCUUGGUUGCGAGGCACAGUUUUGGGUACAAUGGAGCUAUCAUUCGAUAUCCUGAUGAUAUAUUUGAUCGCUUCUGGGAGCCAUUUGGAGAAAAUAAUUCAACCAUUUCUUGGGGCAGAGAUGUUUCUGUUUCUGGUUUUUGGAAUCUUCCCCCUUUGAAGAUAUUCCAGACAGAGUUGACAACUAGCCAACUGGGACCAAUGGAGUUACAGUGGCCUCCAACGUCUCUUCCAAGCUCGACAUACUACAUUGCUCUUUACUUUGCGGAUGAUCAGGAUUCGUCUUCUGGAAACUCUAGGGUGUUCAAUAUAAGCAUAAAUGAUGUAACUUAUUACCAUGAUCUGAAUGUGAAUCCAGAAGGCUCUGUGGUUUUUGCAAAUCAGUGGCCUCUUACUGGCCUUACAAAGAUAACUAUGGCUCCUGCCCCAGGAUCAAAUAUUGGUCCCUUGAUUAAUGCAGGAGAGGUUUUCGAUGUGCUGGUCCUCGGAGGAAGAACUCUUACAAGAGAUGUAAUUGCUUUGGAACAAGUGAAGAAAAGUUUCCAGAACCCUCCACUCGAUUGGAAUGGUGAUCCAUGUUUACCCCUUCAGUACACAUGGACUGGAGUUACAUGUUCUGAAAAACCCCGAAUUCGUGUGGUUACAUUAAACCUUACAAGCAUGGGUCUUUCGGGAACACUAUCACCUUAUCUUGCCAAUUUUACUGCAGUGACUGACAUCUGGCUAGGAAACAACAGCUUGUCAGGAGAUAUACCUGAUCUCAGUCGGUUAAAGAGAUUACAGACAUUACAUUUGGAAGACAAUCAGCUUACUGGCGAGAUUCCCACAUUGCUUGGAAACAUUGACAACUUGCAUGAACUUUUCUUGCAGGGUAAUAACCUAACUGGUCAAGUGCCAAACAACCUUAUUGGAAAACCUGGAUUGAACCUCAAGACUUCUCCUGGGAAUCAAUUAUUGUUGCCACCGCAUUCUUGAGUCAACAGUCCAUGCAUCCAAGGUACAUGUGACAUGGCUGGAUCAAUGAUCAUCAAUAGAUUAUGUCUUCACAGCUAUUUCUUACAUUCUGUUUUGAAUCAACAAACAACCACAGAAGAUUCUAUGUGCAGCAUUUUUACAACUGUUCCAUACCAGAUUCUCCAAUCAUCCAUACCCUAAUUGUAGGAAGUUUUCAUGAUUAGAACCUAUGUAAAUACAAGCUCCUCGAUGCUUCUCGGAUUCCCGGAAUUCUAGUUGUGCCCACAUAUAGUAGUUUUUUUGUUUCUCCAUUACAUGAAAUUGGAGUGGAUUCUUGAGCUGUAAGCCAAAAUUUGUUCAUAGAAAGUUAUUCGUUGAUUGUUUUAUAUUGUAAUUCUUUUUUUUUUUUUGGAAAUGUAUUUGUAGUUUGUGUGUAAUGUAACAUAGCUUGCAAUUAUUAGCUGAGUGAUCUAUUGGUGCUUAACUAUUUUACAAAAGAUGUACAUUACUGAUUUUACUGGAAA